AUGCGCCCAGACAUUGAGAAAAACAUUAUAACAGUGCAUUAUAUCAGCGGAUAUGCGGAUCUCGCAAACCUAAUAUCCAGUGACGCCGAUGCCGAGCUGGAAGCCAAGCUGCAAGACAUAGAUCAACAAGAUGAACGAGACUUCCAGGAGCGCGAAUCAUGGCCCAUGGUCUCCCUGGCAUCGAGGAACUGGGGUGUGCUCGUGCAAGAGGCAAAUACGCCGCAUUCACCUAUGCAAGCUCGAUUGAGGGAGCGGAUGGAUCUGAUCAUUACCAUCAGGCAGAAGCUAAAGCAAUACCGAGAAGCUCUUCUUUUAGAAUCUGCCAUUCUUGGUCUGAGGAAACCGUCAAAGCAGGCACACAAUGCCUUUCUCCGUAGGUUUUGGAACGAAGGAGAUGGACAAUGCCGCAUCUCAACCCUUGACGGACACAGCAAGUUCCUCUAUGAAGAUCACAAGGAGUUAGUAGCUUUGAAGAGGGUGGACAACGAGGAUCGCCUUACCCAACUGCUGAAGAAGCACCGCCCAAGGGUCUUCAAGGUUGCUCGAGUCAAGACGCAGAGCACGGGCAUCGAGUACUUUUCGGCACAAAGGAUGUCGUUAGUGGUAAACCUCAUCACCAUUGUCCUCGCUGCUGGAUUGCUGUUCGGCGCCAUUUACAACUUGUACUAUAUCCGGCGAGAACAGGUCAAGCUGGGCUUGAUAGCUGGAUAG